GAAAUGUUCCGUGUACAAAGUGUACAGGCUGUCAGCUGUUCAGCUUCUCCAUCAUCAUGUUACGUGGAUAUGUUUUAGGUUCAACUAAAGUCCAUUGAGUCCCUGUCAAGUUGGGGAACCGCUGUUAAAGCGUUAACAUUUUUAGGGGGAACCUUUCAGCUGCGUGCCUUAUUUCUACACGGAUUACUGUCACACCGGGACCGUAAAUACACCGUCGUAGCUGUUCCUGCGGUCUGGCAGAGGGGAAAGAUGGAGAUUUAAUUAAACAAUUAUUACCGUUUCAAUGAAACAAACAGGUAUUUUCCCUCCACGUGAAAACAGAGGCGUGAAUUUAGCUGGUUCCGGUGUGAAGAAGUGAAUCUAUCCGGUGAUGGAGUCGUGUCGGCGGACUGGACUCAGCGGGGUCCUGUGCUCCUUGUCGCUGCUGUGUGUCAUCCUGGACAUCCAGCUGGACGGUGUCUUAGGGGCGACGCAUGUCGAGAUCGAGCACCACUUGGAGAUGGGCCGCAAACUUUUGGCUGCUGGUCAGCUGGCUGAAGCCUUGUCCCACUACCACUCUGCUGUGGAGGGAGACUCUAAGAACUACCUGACCUACUACAAGCGAGCUGCAGUGUUCCUGGCUAUGGGAAAAUCCAAAUCUGCCCUGCCAGACCUCACCAAAGCCAUCCAGCUCAAACCUGACUUCCUGGCUGCCAGGUUACAAAGAGGGAACAUUCUGUUAAAGCAGGGCAGCACACAGGAGGCGAGGGAGGACUUUGAAGCAGUGCUGCAGCGCUCCCCAGACCACGAAGAAGCUCAGGACCAGCUGAUGAAAGCAAACGAGCUGGAGGAGCUGCAGGAGGAGGCCCAUGCUGCGUACCACCAAGGGGACUACAGCUCCACCAUCUCCGUCCUGGAGAGAGUCAUUGAGAUCUCUCACUGGGAUCCUGAGUCGCGGGAGCUUCGUGCGGAGUGUUACAUCCGAAUGGGGGAUCCACAGAAAGCCAUCCUGGAUCUGACGCCGACCACGAGGCUGCGCAACGACAACCGCGCUGCCUUCCUGAAGCUCAGCAUGCUGCACUACAGCCUCGGGGAUCACCACGAGUCACUCAAUCACAUCCGGGAGUGUCUGAAGCUGGACCAGGAUGACAAAGAGUGUUUCAGCCACUACAAGCAGGUGAAAAGGCUGAGCAAGCAGCUGGACUCUGCAGAAGAGCUAAUUCAGCAGGACAGGUACCAGGAAGCAAUUAAUAAGUAUCAAUCCGUGAUGAAGUCGGAGCCCAAUAUCCCAUACUACACCAACCUGGCCAAAGAGAAGAUCUGCUUCUGCCUCGUCAAGAUUAACUUUGCUCUGGAUGCCAUAGACGUGUGUUCAGAGGCUCACCAGAGAGACCCCCGCAACGCCAACGUCCUCCGAGACCGCGCCGAAGCUUACAUCCUCAACCAGGAGUACGAGAAAGCGGUGGAGGACUACCUCGAGGCGAAAGAGUUUGACAGCGAAGGCGAGCGCAUCGACCUCAAAGAAGGGCUGGAUCGAGCGCAGAAACUGCUCAAAAUCUCUCGUAAGAGGGACUACUACAAGAUCCUCGGUGUCGGCAGGACGGCAAACAAGCAGGAGGUCAUCAAGGCGUACAGGAAGCUGGCGCUGCAGUGGCACCCCGACAACUUCCAGUUAGAAACGGAGAAGAAAGAAGCGGAAAAGAAGUUUAUCGACAUCGCGUCGGCUAAAGAAGUCCUCACCGACCCAGAAAUGAGGCAGAAGUUCGACGCAGGCGAGGAUCCCCUGGACCCGGAGAACCAGCAAGGCGGAGGACAGGGCUGGCCUCAUCCCUUCAACCCUUUUGAGUCCGGCGGCAGCUUCCACUUCAAGUUCCACCACAACUAGAGAGAGGAGGACUUGACGGACACGAGGGGACGGCGGGGGGGAGUUGGAGACAUUUUGGGAAGAACGGUGGCGGUGUCUUCCUCAGAACGCCGAGUUUCGUCGGUUACUUGAACCAAUUGAUUUUUAAUGCAGCGGAGGCUCGAGCUGUACAGUGACACCUGGACUUACCCACUAACGGAGGAUCUCACCGGCUGCUGUCGGAACGUCGACACUCGAGGCCCUUAGGAAUGGAAAGGCCGUAAAGCAGUGGAUGUGGGACAUUUGGGUUGUCUGCUUUUUUCUUAUUCACUACUUACUUUGUGCCAUUCUCUGAACCCAACGCAGUAGCCGCUUGGACAUUACAUAGGGGGACUGUCAGUGUGUUGAUUUCCGCUCGCAGUGUUCUAUAAAGGACUUACAUGUUAACUGAUCUCAGUCACCAUGUCAGAUCUUCUCUGUACUAGAGAACCAAGAUUUUUUUAUACAUCGGGAGGCAUUUUGUUGAGCUUUUACAUUAAUGGUGAGUAGGGGAGACUUGAGCACUAUUAAAGGAAACGUGUGGGUGUUAAAAAGUUUUGAAAUCCUAUGGAUCUUAAAUCAAUGCAGAGCCGUGAUUUUUAUUUUAAAUUAUCUUUUGCGUUUUCACCAGCUAUCUAAUUGGAAUGUGUGAAUUGUGUAUUUGGGUGGAAAUAUUGUAUCUUCAAGCUUGCAUAUUAACAUGUUCAACUCAAUAUCCUGGACAAAGGUGUAGCAAUUCAUGACGAAGUCAAGUAGUAUUCUGCUCGUUCCUUUUCCACUCGUUUCAAAGCACGUCUUUGAAAACUUGCACUUUUACCCUUUUUUUUAGUUUGAAAAACUACUCCACAUCUUUUCCUCUCCUGAAAAGUUACUGCAGGCCGUUCAAUGCCUCUUUUAUAAAAUCUGAGAGCUACAUUUAUUAAAAAAAAAGAGUCUUCCAGCAAAAAUGCACAUUUUAAAUGUUAGUUGGAGUUAGUGUGUCAUUCAUAAUCGGUAUAUUUAGAGGAUGCGGCUGAGACACAAUUUGAAAACUUAAUUACGUUGCAGAUAAAGAUCAAAGUGCAACUUUGUAAAUGAGGCGCCGGCGUUCCUGCCAGGGAAGACGGUUGAAACAAACAUUCUUUUGAAGAUUUGACUUAGUUAUUUUGUCAAUAAUAGCUUAAAGAUACAGCGACUGCAACGGCUUUUAACCCUGUGUACUCGCUCGACUGAACCAAAUGUGACCGGCUCUUUGUAUUUAAAUCGACUGAAGUGGGACAGUUUCUGUUCUGGGUUUUCUUUUUAGGGGUUUUCUGCUGUUAGUGGCAUCAAUUUUACUGUUGCCAAACUGAAUCAGCUGACUCAAGCGUAUUAAAAAUAUUGAAAAGAAA